AUGAUAUUAACCCAAAGAAGCAGCAUUGACCUGCCGAGCUGUCUGGAUGAUCUGGUGGAUGUAGGUACUCUGUGCUCAGUUUCAUGAGAAGUGCCUGAAUAGUCAGGAACUGAUAGCUUACCUGAAUCUGUGUGCUAUUCCAGAUCAUCCCUAAAGAAGGGGCAGCUAAACAUGAGGACAGAAGGGCUUUUGUGGACCUUCUGAAAGGAUUGCUGCUUCUAAAAGAUGAUAAGAGAAUCUCUCCUCGAGAAGCUCUGCAGCACCUUUUUAUGACCAUGUCUCAGUUUUAUCUGAUGUAG